UCGAUUUUGCCAUUGCAAAUGCCAUCACCACCUAAAGGUCAUCAUCCAGAUUCCAGACUGCACAGACAAUAUCCACCAGUCCUGCACACAACGCAUACAGACAGUCAACGACAAACAAACCCAAAAAGAAGAAUGCUCUCUUCCCUAUCGCCACCACCACCUUAACCACCAUCCAAAAACAUCACCACCUCCUCCUCUCUCUAAUGGGUAGUGGUGAAGAAGCCAACAAACCGACUUCACUUUAUGAUUCCUCUUCACAAUCACAACCUCUGCUCUUGAAACCUCCUUCAAUUGAAGAGCCGAACCAACCUGACCAACCUGAAUCUGACCCGACCCAGUACCUCCAGAUCUCCUACAAUUAUGGUCCUAGACCUUUUAAAGACCUUCCUUUUGUAAUCUUUUUUGUUUUUGUUGUUCUUUGUACUUUUGGGUUCGGUAUCUUCUCUGUUUUUCACAAAAAUUCUAAUUACUCCAAUCUAUCUUCUUAUAAAUAUGAUUUGAAUUCUAAUUCUUGUGCAAGAAAUUCGACCUUUAAUGGUUUUUACGAGUCAAGAUUUGAUUUUUAUGCUUUGAGUUCAUCAGGUUCAGUUUUUUUGAAGUCUUUGAUAUGGACCCUCGUAGUUACUUUGAUUUUGAGUGUGCCCAUUUGUUUUCUUUUGCUUCUUUCGCUUAAACAUUACACUAAGCAGAUUGUUUAUGUGUCACUUCCUUUUUUUGUUGUCAUACCUAUCUUCUUUAACGUGUACUGGUUUGUUGCUUGUACUGUUAGCUCUUCUUGCAGUGAUGCAUUCCCUUUAGUUUAUAGAAUUUUGGUCUUGGUUUUCGUGUUCUUGAUUAUUGGGAUCAUUGUGUGGAUUUUUGUAGCUAAUUGGCAUAGAAUUGAAUUAACAGUGAAGAUAAUUGGGGUUGCCUCUGAUGCUUUGUCUAAGAAUUUGGGUUUGUUUGUGGUGAUCCCGUUGUUAACGCUUGGAUUAGUGGUUUAUUAUGCGCCAAUAGUGGUAUUUUUAGUGUUUGCGAGAUUGAAUGGGAAAAUUGUGCCUAAGGAAUCAAAUGGAGAAUAUAGGUGUGUUUGGAAGCAGGAUAGUUGGGUGCCAGCAUACUACACAUUGGCAAUUCUUACAAUGUUGUGGUCUUUGACUAUUAUGGUUGAAGCUCAGGUUUAUGUUAUAAGUGGAACUGUUGCACAGUGGUACUUCACGAAGGAGGAUGCAAAACCUAGAAGAAGUAUAAGAAGUUCUUUGAGACAUGCCUUUGGUCCCUCGUCAGGCACUGUAUGUUUAUCUGGACUGCUUAUUUGUGUUGUUCGCUUUGUGCGUGCCGUUGUCGAUAGUGCAAGACAAGAAGAUGUUCCUGGGAUGGUGAACCUUGUCUUGCGGUGUUGUGUCAAAGCAUUACUUUCAGCAGUAGAUUUUCUUAACAAGUUCACAAUCAACUUCGUGGCAAUAACCGGUGAAGGCUACUGCACUUCUGCAAGGAUGACAUAUGAACUAUUAAAACGUAAUCUGCUAUCUGCUGUUUUUGUUGAAACCGUCUCCACUCGUUUGCUGGCUGGAAUUACAUUCGUACUCUCAGCAAUAUAUGCAAUUGUGGUCUGCGCUAUCCUGAAAGGUGCAAGCAGUAUGGGGGUUUAUUCAUACGUUGUAGCAGUUCUCGCAUGGGCACUCCUGAUUAUUGUGCUGGGUUUCUUUGUUCAUGUGCUGGACAAUGUGAUCGAGACUGUUUAUGUAUGCUAUGCCAUAGAUAGGGAUAGGGGAGAGGUUUACAGAACAGAGGUCCAUGAGGUUUACAGUCAGCUGCCUAUUAGUAGAAAUCAUAGGCCGCCUAUUGCUCCCAUUGCUCCUGUUGUAUAACAAAAUAUCCUUGUCUAAUCUUUCAUGAUUUGUGGUCUGUCAUUUGUUGUCUGUAUGAUUUGAUAACUGCCACCUGGCAGAUUGUGCAUAACUUCCAUUUGCUAUGAACUUUGUUUAAUAAAGAGCUGGAUUUUCCAGGCAA